AUGUUACAACAUUUAAUGGAAAAUUUAGGUAUUCCUAUACUACCAUAUAAAUCACAAUUAAGAUGUUUUUCUAUGAUUUAUUAUGCAAAUGCUGACCAUGAUAAAAUUUCAAAUCUUAAUUUUGGGGGAAAAAUUCUUUUACCAUCAAGUGCAUUAGAUUAUCUAAUGAGAAGCAAUAUUGAGUAUCCAAUGAUGUUUAAACUUUUAAACACAAAUACUGAAAUUCAACGUGCAACUCAUUGUGGUGUUUUAGAAUUUAGUGCUGAAGAAGGAAAAGUUUAUCUUCCAUCUUGGAUGAUGGAACAAUUGUUAGUAAAUGAUGGUGAUUUAAUAUCAAUUGAAUAUGUUCAACUUCCUAAAGCUACUUAUGCCAAGUUACAACCACAAUCAGUUGAUUUUUUGGAUAUAACUGAUCCAAGAGCAGUUUUAGAAACGGAAUUAGCAAAAUUUUGUUGUUUCACUAUCAAUGAUCUUAUCACUUUCAGAUACAAUGAUACAGAUUAUAGUGUUAAAGUAGUAAAAUUAGAACCCGCUAAUGCAGUUAGUGUAAUUGAAUGUGAUCUUAAUGUUGAUUUUGCACCACCUGUUGGUUAUCAAGAGGAGGAACCAGAAAAAAAAUCUUCUGAAAUGCCUGAAGGACCAGAAUUACCAUCAUUUAAAGAGAUAAAUGCUAAAGUUUUUCAGGGUGAAGGAAUGAGACUAGAUGGUAAAAUGAAAAAGAAAGUUGUUAAAGAAGAUGAUAAAGAAUUUAUAAUGAAAGCAUUGCCUGAAAUUAUAGUAAAUGAAGAUUACAAACCAGGAAAUCUUAAUUUUACAAGAUAUAACUAUAGAAAUAGAACAAUUUUAGAAAAUCAGAUAAAAGAACAUAAUGAAAAAAUUAUAAGUGGUGGAUUUAAUAGUAUUGGUUUUACAACUAGAAGCAAAAAAAAACAUUAA